ACCAUGAGUUUAUUUAAACACAUCCCCUGUCCCAAGGGCGAUGAUUGCGCAGCGAGCCUCUGUCCAUUCAACCAUCCAAAGGAGAAAUAUGAACCGCCGUCACAAGGACUCUCAUCAGAUGACACAAGCAAUGAGACCACCGUAGCAAACCAAGAUGUACCACGCAAGCGCGUGAGGACAGAUCCCUUUCAUCCGCCUCCUUCACCUAAAACUCCCCAGGAUGGGGCACCCAGCUCUUCUGGAACAUCUCGUGGGGUUCCAACGGAUGAUAUCCCAAAGCCUGUAGCCAAGAAGCUUGAAACAGCAGCUCGAACAGUCUCUCCUCCACCGCUGAAACGGAAAAUGGACACUCAAGAUCACACUUCAAAAGCUUCUUCAAAGAUUGCCAAAACAAGUCAUUCUGCUACUGAAUCGCAUUCAUCUUCUGCCCGAAAACUUGUACCAGCAAAGCCCAAGAAGGCCGAGACACUGAAUCCGAGACUCCUUAAACGAUUGCCUGCUGCUCACGACAUCCGUCUCAGACUAGUCAAAAUGCUUCACCAGGAACUUACCCGUCUCAACAAAGAACUCAAAGCUAAAAUCAAGAAAGACGAGACGAGACUUCUACUAUCAGAUCAAGAUCUUAUCGUCAGAACUCUAGACGAAGAGGAAUACGUUGCCGUCCACAAGACCGCUGUGUAUUCUAACGUCAUGAAAAACAAAGUCAUGCAACACAAACGAAUGAAGGUUGAUCAGUGGAAGACCGAGAGAGAGGACGAAAUAAAGAAGAAGGAACUCGAAGCAGCUGGAAAAGAUCCCAACGAGAAGCCCACGGAAAUCAAGACCGGCCUGACCCCUGCUCAGGAGGUUGAGCUUACGAAACGCAUUUUGACUCCCAUCGAUAAGCUAACAAAUCAUGGUUACGUUGCUAGUAUACCUUCAGAAGCUGAUAUUGAAAAGGGGAGACAAGGUGUAGCAACAGCCGCAGGAUGGGAGAAAUGUGACCGUUGCCAACAACGCUUCCAGGUCUUUCCUGGAAGACGUGAAGAAGACGGCGCACUCACUUCUGGUGGAACAUGUACGUUCCACUGGGGAAAGACCUUCAUCGCCCCCAAGGCUCCGGGCGACAACAAUAGGCAGCCCAAACGAUAUCAGUGUUGUGGACAAGAAGUCGGCGACUCUGUUGGCUGCUUCACUCGUGAUCACCACGUAUUCAAGACCUCAGAUCCCAAGAGACUUGCCUCGGUGCUUAACUUUGCAGAAACUCCCGAGAAUCCUAUCGUGCCUACGGACAGAGCAGUGGCUUUUGAUUGCGAGAUGGGUUAUACAGUUUAUGGCAUGGAACUUAUCCGUCUAACUGCAACAUCAUGGCCGACAGGCGAGGAACUGCUAGAUGUCCUGGUUCGACCAUUGGGAGAAAUACUCGAUCUCAAUUCGCGAUACUCUGGUGUCUGGCCAGACGACCUCGCUCAAGCUGAAUCAUGGACCGCGGGCAAGUCGAUGAAGCCAACUAAGAGUGGCGACGACGAUGUGAGCGAAGACGGCGAGCUGAAGCAUAAGAAGAAGCAGCUGAAGAUCGUCUCAUCUCCAGAAGUUGCCAGAGACCUACUAUUUCAACUGAUCUCCCCCACUACGCCCCUGAUCGGACAUGGUCUUGAGAACGAUCUCAACUCAGUCCGUAUUGUGCACCCAACACUAAUUGACACCGUACUGCUCUUCCCCCACAAGGCUGGUUUGCCAUAUCGGUAUAGUCUGAAGAUGCUCAUGGAUGUUCAUCUCAACCGUAAGAUUCAACAGGAAACGGGCCCGAAGAUGGUAGGCCAUGAUUCUGCUGAAGAUGCAAGGGCAGCAGGAGACCUAGUUCGUCUCAAGAUCAGGAAUGAAUGGAUGGAUAUGCAGAGAGAGGGUUGGAAAUUGGUGGAUGGUAAUUUCGUGGCUCCUGGGAAAGCUUCAGGACUGACGGAGGCGUUCAUUGAGGCAUAG